GAUUGACAAUGAAAAAGGCGUGGUCAAAUCUCGAGCUUUGUGCUCAUUGGUGCGCUUGGCAUCACGUUGCCUGUUUGGAACGCAAACGAAACAGUCGCUUCGACCCACCCACUUCAAUCAGCUUUCCCUUGCUGCUUCUGCUGCUGCUUCUGCUGCUGGACUGCUCCAAGUCUGUUGGGCGCAGCGAGCCACCGUCCAGUGUAGAAUAUCAGGAGAAACACCGAGCGAGAACAGUCAGAAGGAGAAGCGAGGAAAUAAGGUUUUCGAGAACGGCACAGGAGAGCCAUUCAGAAGAGCCGGGGGUCAAAGGUGAAAAGAGCAGAGGGCACCAUGGAGAGUGAGCCGGGGGCCCCUGCUUCCACUGCCAGCAGUACUGGGACCACCACAGCCACCACCACUUCCUCCACCAAUUCCUCCAGCACCACUUCUGGCAGCAGCAGCAGUAGUAGUAGUACCUCUAACACUACUACUUCUACUACUACUACUACUACUUCUACCACUUCCGCUAGCAGUAGUAAUAGUAGCAGCAGCAGUAGUAACACUAGCAGUACUUCCAGUAGUAGUACUACAGCAGGAAGACAGGCAGUGCCUCAGAUAUCUGUUUACAGUGGAAUACCUGACCGACAAACAGUGCAGGUAUUCCAGCAGGCGUUGCACAGACAGCCUAACACAGCAGCACAGUACUUGCAGCAGAUGUACGCUGCUCAGCAGCAGCAUCUGAUGCUGCAAACUGCAGCCCUCCAGCAGCAGCACAGCCUCAGCACUGCUCAGCUCCAGAGCCUGGCUGCUGUACAGCAGGCCAGUAUCGCGGCUGGCCGGCAAAGCUCUUCACAAAAUGGCACUUCAUCUCAGCAAACAGGAUCUACUCAGGCUACGAUCAACCUGACCACCUCUCCAGCAGCAGCUCAGCUGAUCAGCCGAGCUCAGAGUAUUAGCUCCACCCCCACCACUAUUUCCCAGCAGGCUGUUCUGCUGGGCAGCCCGUCGAGCCCCACUCUUACACCCACCCAAGCACAGAUGUACCUGCGUGCACAGAUGGCCCAGGUACAGGUGGCGAGGAGCCUGGGCCGUGCUGUUCCUCUGUCCCCGCAGCUCAUCUUUACCCCGGCUGCCACUGUGACAGCUGUGCAGUCAGACAGCUCCACGCAGGCCUCCUCACAGAAUCAGGUACAGAAUCUGGCCAUCCGUGGCCAGCAGGGGGCAACAACAUCCUCCUCUCAAACUCAGACCCCACAGGCUCUCAGUCUGAAGCAGACCCCUGUGCCUAUUCAGCCUGCCUCAUUGAUCAAGAACCCGAGCCAAGGGACCCAGGCCUCCACUGGGGGGAAGACCAGUUCCUCAGACAGUCCCUCUGAAGGAGGGAAAAAGGGGGAAACUACAACAGUCUCAGAAGUCCGAGCUAUAAACAUGAGCCGCAGUGUCACAGCUGUGAAUGCUCAGCCUCUGAUUGCUCCAGCGUACACACAGAUUCAGCCACAUUCGCUGGUUCAGCAGCACAAGCAGCAGCAGUUUGUGGUCCAGCAGACCCAAGCUUCCCAAAGGACGACAGGCCAGCUGCUGCAGACGGCCUCCGUUCAGCCGUCACAGCAUCCCAUCCCGGUACUGCCCAAACCCGCUCCUCACCAGCCCUCUACACCGAGCCAGCAGGCUACCAUCUUCCACUCCACCAUCAGCCCCCACGCCCUACACUCCUCCCUCAACCAUGCCAAAGCUCAGCCUGUCCAGCUCACUGCCAUAAACCUACAAAUACAGCCAACGGCCUCCCGACUGCUUCAGGACAGUAAAGAUAAGCCGACCUCACUGGUGGUCAGAGAGACCAUGUCCACACAACAACAACAACAACAACAACAACAACAACAACAACAACAGCAGCAGCAGCAGCAGCAGCAGCAGCAGCAGCAGCAACAACAGCAGCAGCCGCAGCAGCAACAGCAACCUGCAGCUUCCCCAUCACAACCCUCCAAGCCUGUAGAGCAGCCCAAGGUCGACACAGCCACGCCGGCUGUUCAGCAGCAAGGAGGGGGCUCAGCGAAGAGGCCGAGCGUGGCAGCGGGCACCCCACCUCCAGCCAUGACCUCAGGAAAUGAGAGUGAGGCGCCCACCGUGACGGGCAGCACGCCACAGAACGGAGAGAACAAACCGCCUCAGGCCAUCGUCAAGCCCCAGGUCCUCACACAUGUCAUCGAAGGCUUUGUCAUCCAGGAGGGAGCUGAGCCGUUUCCAGUGUGUGUGGAGCGCCUGCCCAUUCUCAUCGAUAGCCCAAAGAAGCUGGAUCAUCAGCUGUCGUCGGACCCGGACAAAACUCCGGUCAGCAAUGCAGCCAACACUGACUCCGAGCCCGAGGAAAUGAGCCAACCAGAAAAAGAUGAGCCCAAGCUGACGUGUGAAUACUGCGGCUGGGUUGACUUUGCUUACACGUUCAAGGGCUCUAAAAGGUUCUGCUCGGUGGUUUGUGCAAAGAGAUACAACGUGGGCUGCACAAAGCGAAUCGGACUUUUCCGUCCAGAGAGGAACAAACCAGCAAAUCGCUGGCGUCGACGAUCUCAGGGCCGCCCCAGUAUUGAAGCAAAAAAGCAGAAGCUGGCCUCGUCACCACAGCAGACUCAGGGUGGUUCUUUAUCCUCACCGCAUCCCUCCCAGCCCAGUCAGGAGGAGUCCAGCCCAUGUUCAGACAUGUCGAGCUACGAGGAGCCGCAGUCUCCCCUGUCAGCAGCCAGCUCUGGGCCUUUGGCUCCUCCUCCGGCUCCAGCACAGGUCCCCGUCCGCCGGCAGCCAAGCAGGGCCUCGGACCAGGAGAGCUGCACUGGGAGAGAUGCAGCGCCGCUUUGUCAACGCUUCGUGCCCAACGACCCCACCAAGUGGAACGUGGAGGAAGUUUAUGAGUUCAUUCGUUCAUUGCCAGGUUGCCAGGAGAUAGCAGACGAGUUUCGCUCUCAGGAAAUCGAUGGACAGGCCUUGCUCCUGUUAAAGGAGGACCACCUGAUGAGCACCAUGAACAUUAAGCUGGGACCUGCACUUAAGAUCUUUGCACGCAUCAACAUGCUCAAAGACUCUUAGCAGCAAAGUGUGUGUGUGUGUAUGGGUGUAUGUAGAUUAUAGCACUGAUGGCACAGAGUACUGACUGCACUGUGAGCAGGCCUGCUCCAUUACUGGACUGGUUCCUGUCCUCCAGAAUCUCACUCAAGCUUGACUUGAUCCCACAAGAUGGACCAUACUCGCCGGCAUCGGCUCAAUCGCCUUGUGACCAUUUAUACUUCUGCUUCGUAGCAUUAGAGCGACAUGUCAGACACCUUGAUCAAAUGAGCCUAUAAUGUGAACAGGAAGCUGUUCGUCUGUGUUUACAUGGAUUCAAAGGAGCAGAUUUUUUUUUUUUAACUUGCUAAACUAUAAAGGAGCCUCUAUGAAAGCUGUGCCAAAGUCCAAACAUGUUUUUUUUUUUUCCCAAGUCAAAAGAAAAUAUGCUUUAAAAGUAUAUGUGAUUGAAGAGGAGGACCUGCCAAUUUCUACCUGGCAGUGUACCUGGUGAGUUGUAUUCCUUCUGGAUUAAAGGACAUGUUGAUGUGGGUGUUAACUGUUAGCAGAAAAGGCAUCAGCUAUUCUCAGAGCCAACAGAUAUUUUAUGCAUUUAUUCAGACGUCAAAACUAGAGACAAGUUAAUGGUAAGCAACAGCCUCCGGGGGUGGGGAAAAAAGCCAAUGCACAAGUGCAGUUUUUCUGCAGACGUUGGCUCUAAAAGCUAUUAAUCCCCUUUACCCACUUUAUGCUCAUCAUUGUCACCCUCGCAAACAGUGGUCCAUGCCAAGAGUGACGACAUAACUGCUGACAAGUACGUAUUGGUGUCGUUUGGGUUUGUCGUGUGAGCUGUUGUACAUGUACUGGGUUGUAGAUGCAAGUGUACGAUCAUGUACCACCAUUUCAGUGACAUACAGGUACAAAAUCUUUAACAGAGAGGCAGAUGCAGCAACAGCUUAAAAAGAUGACUUUGUAAUAGCUUUGCAUCCUUUUUGGACUUCUAUAGCAGUGCUCAUGUGCAUCAAGCGCCAGUAUAAAUGGGUACAGUGCUGGGAUGACAAUACGCUCGGUGUAACAACCAAUGCGGUGACCAUAAGCUAGGCUUUAGCCUCCAGUGUUAAAAUGCCCAACUUUACAAUAUCAAUAAACAUGGCUGCAGCCUUGUGCAAAAAA